AUGAAGAGACUCUUCCUCCUAGCUUUUCUUGCUCUGGUAGCAAGCACAGCCUUUGCGCAAUACGCAGAAGCUCCAAGCGGGGACGUGGAAGGUCCCAGCGCAGGUGGUUAUGAGAAAUGGGCUGCAGAAGUUCCCACCAUGGGCACUUCUGAGCAAUGUGAUCACGAACAUAUGAAGCUAGACUCUUGCAACGAUUAUUUGAUGGAGCGGUGCCGACCAAAGGGGAUGUUGAUCAGCUGGCCAUGGGAAUGGAUGAAGAGCAAAUGCGAAGAGGUUCGCAAACAGUGUUGCCAGCAGCUGAAGCAAAUGGUAUCGCAGUGUCGAUGCAAGGCCAUCUUUAGAACAAUCCAAGGUGAGCUUGGUGGCUUUUCGGGCACUCAAGAAGGACAGAAAGCUAGAGUGGUUCUGAGGGCCAAGCACUUGCCCUCCAAGUGCAAUAUGAGCCCAAGGUCCUGCAACAUCCCCAUUACCAGUGGAUAUUACUGGUGA